UUUUUUCAGGAUUUGCAUCGAUUGACGCAUGCGGGUCAAAUGCACUUAUUGUCUCUAGAGUAAAAGGGAAGCAGUAAUAUAGAGUAAUAUUCAAGUAUGACCAAGCUUUCCCUUAGGGGUAGCACCAUUAACCAAACUUACCACAUCAGGGCGGGGGUUGAAUUGAACAGAAAGAGAGAAGGAAAAUUCGCUUCGCUUCCCAAUACACAAGGGUGACAGAUGUCUGAAUGUCAAUGCAGAGAAUACGCGGUUUUUAAGCUCAGUGUUAUUUUCACCGUGUAUCCAGCUGAAAAUAGAAGACACAAUAAUACUAGUUAUUAAAUUUUCUCCAAGUCGUUGAAAUAUUUGAGAAGAGCAGUGGAGAUUGCAAUAAAUCUCGAGUACAAGUUUGUGCGGUUUUAUAUGUUGUAAAAACGACAAAACCAGGAAAAAAAGAAAUGUGCGAAAUCUCCGCCAAGUGUCAUCGUAAAACGUUCCGCGAUCAGGAUCCACCGCGAAUAAGAGAGAGGAGUACAGAGAACCUUCUCAAGGACGCGAUUCAACUAUCGCGAUCUACCCCAAAUUCACCUACCACAUUGCAACGUGCAUCGAGCCUCGAGAAAUGCUUCAGCGAUCCAGAAUUCUUCAAGAAACACCGUCAACAACAACAACAACAACUGCUACAAACGCCGCGGGAAAAAAAGGAAGAGGAGAAGAACAGCUCAGUGGAAAACACAACAACCGUCAGUUGUAGUCGUAAUCGAGACGCAACCAGUUCUAGUCGGGAGAAUAACGCGUGCACUGAACCCAAAGAGAUUGAAAACAGCAAGGAAUUGCUCGCCAAAGUGCCUUCUUUGCCCUGCAGGAGCAAAAUCAUAAUCACAAACCAAGUGUCACAAAAAGACGAGAGUAACAACUGCGAUAAUUUAAUAAACGGAAAAGAAAUGGCACCAGUUUUUGGAGUACCGCCCCCUCCACCAACUCCUCACACGGGACCUGAUGGUUUAAUUAUACCAAAAAAGCCUUACAAUCCUUGCAUGACUUCUGGUAAUCAUAAAGAUCUGCAUAGAGAAUUAUUGUUCAAUCAAAAAGCAGGGAAAAAUGUUUUGAAUCAAAAAAGUGAACUGCAGAGAGCCUUGGAGAGGCACAGAGAAGCAAUUUCAAAAAAAGAAGCUGAGAGACUGAAGGACGAAUGCUACAAAGAUGAUCCAAGAACGGCCCUUCAAAGAGCCAUCGAACAGAGGGCAAAGCAUUUACAAAUAAUGCAAGAACAAAUUCAACAUGUGGAGCCCCCAAAUCCUUUGGUAACGGCAAGAGCAAAAUUGCGAUCGCGUACGGAUUCCCAAUAAUAAAAUAAUAAAUCCAAGUUGCCUAAGAAAACUGAUAGUCAACGACUAUCACCCGACUGUGUAAAUAAGUGGAAUGAAUUGUUUAGAAUGUGUGUGAGUGUGUGUAUUUUUUUUGUCUUAAAUGAGUAUUUUACAAUAGAAAUUAUUUAGAUUUAGAAAAUUUUCUUCUAUGAUAGUUAUUUAUGUAUAUUUUAUAUAUUCGCUUUUAAUUCUCCUUUUUUUAUUCAUUAUUAUGCCAUGACUUGAGAGUUUUCCUUAUCUUACGAACACAUACGUAAUGAAAGGAUAUUUGCAAUGAUAA